AUGCCAAGCCUAUUGAAUAAAUUAGCAUUUACACUACGUGGAGGUGGUUGUGGUUGUGGAUCUAACAAAACGAUUCCCAACACAGAUAUCGUCAUAAUGUCUGAUAUUUAAGACAUAGAAAAUUUCAUUACAAGAUUUGAUUCUUUUGUCUAAACUAUAUACACUAAAGCAGCUGUUGCUGCUAAUUAAUUAGAAGCUUAAGAAAUAAUGAUAGCCAUCUAAUGGUUUAUGUUUUAAGAGGAAAACAUUUACAAGCUCAUCAAGAAUGCUUAAAAGGUCAUGAAAUCAUACAACUUAAUUAUAGAUGGAAUCCUAAAAUUAUUGAAAAGUUGUUUGAUUUACGUCAGAACGGAUUAAUUUAAAUGCUUAUUCAUCUUAAGGACUACAGCUUCUCUAUCUAAAGUGAUAUUUAGCUUCCAUAUAAGAAAGGAUUAGAGAUUUAUGAACUGUGACACAUAAAAGCAAUUUGUGGAUAUUUGUGAUGAAUUAAGAUAAUAAAUUGAAAUAGAGAAAAAUGAUUUAAUUCAAAAUUAAUUGGAACUUUACCUUUUCCUAACAAAAACUUCUUUUCAGAUGGCCCCAAAUGAUGGUAAAGAUAGAGAUGAUAUCGUAAACGGUUGUUUAGAUGGUAUCUUUAACUCAAUAUUUGAUAUGAAACCUAAUACUGAAUUGUUUAUGUAAUUGUAUAAAGGAGCAUGCCUACUUUACAAUAAGUAUACAAUUUAAAAAAAUAGAAAAUAAUAUGAAGUUUAUUUUUAAAUUGAUAUGUUGCAAUGGGAGAUCAUAAAUAAUUUUAAAAAUGACAGCUAACAGAAUUUGGAAGAAAUAAUUAUACAAAUUGAGAAUACACAUGAAAAACUUGUGAAAAAUUCAAUUAAUUGGAAAAAUCAUUUUUUGUGGAUCUAAAUGAUUGGAAAAAUUUUAAUAUAUAAUCCUCUGAUAACCAAUAAAAAAUUAAAGCUGACUAGCUCUUUCAAUCUUGAAACCAAAUGGAAGGAAUAUCUGAACAAAGGGUUUCUGAUUUAAAUAAAUCAUAGCAAUGACUAAGCUGUAAUUUUACUUAAUGAAUUUAAUAAUAAAGAAUUAACAUAAAUUGAUAAAUUAAUAUUAGAGGACACUUUCAAAGAAUGGGAAAACUUCAUGUUGCUAAAAGACUUCUUAAUGAAUGAAAAAAAAGAUAAUAUCUAUUUCACAUUUGGUGCUUAUUUAAAUUUACAAUUAGAAAGUAUAGGAAACUAAGAAAAUGAAUAUAUUUAAACAGUUUGCAAAAUUUAAUAAUUUUUUGAUUUCAUCAUCUCUAAUAAACUACUAGCUUUAAUUCAAAAAAAUGAUGAGAUAUUGGGAGUCAUUGUUAAAAAUUAUAAAUAUUUUAUACAAAAAAAUUAGCAUUAUAAUUUCACAAUAGAAUAAGCCACUUAUAAUUAAUAAUUAAAAAAAAUAAUUCUCAAUUUUAAAGAAUAUUUCCAAAACACUCUAAAAAUCAUUAAAAUUAUUAGGCUUAGUUUAAGGAAAUAAGAUUUUUAGAUGGAAAAACAUGAAUAGGAAAAGAUUAAUGAAUUCAAAAUUUUUUAAUAACUUCGAUAUAUUAUGAGACUAUUAGAAUCAAUAUUGUCAAAAACAAUUAAAGAUAUUAAUGAUUAAAGAAAUGAAUCAGAUGAAAGCGGAUUGUUUUAGUAAGAGAUAGAGUUGAUAAAGGAGGAAUUAUAAAAUUUAAAGCUAGCAGAUAAAUAAUUUUCUUUUGCCAAUAAGUUUAAGUAAAGGUUACUUGCCUUCCCUAAUGCAACUCUAAACAAAUAAAACAAAUAAAGUUUUUUGAAAGAAGCUUAAUACAUGUUAAAACUUAUUGAGCAAACUGAAAAAUAAGUCUCAGAAUAAGAAACUUCGUUACUUAAAAAGGAUAAAUUAAUUCAAUAUUUUUAAAGCUUAUUGAAUAACCUAAAUGUUUAUUAUGAAAAACAGAUCUAAGAACUUCAAAACUACUAUAAUGAAUUACUUUUAAGUUUUAAGACAGUUAUUAUGUUACAAUAUGAAAUAGAAUCUGUUUCUUUACCUGAAAAAUUAAUAGAAAUUAAAUAACAAUAUUUUUGUAAGCCUUCAUAUUAAUUUAUACAAAAAUAAAGAUUGAACAUUUUAAAGCUGAAAUAACAAUUAAUUGCUUACAAAGAAUGUUUUUUACAAAUAUUAAAAAUACCAUUCGAAGAAUUUUAAUAGUUACAAAAGUUUAUAAAUUUGGAUAAGUUUCUUCUUGAUGUAGUCAAGAAGUAUCUUAAACAAAUGAUUUGUUGUGACAGUUCAUUUUAUUAAUAGACUAUUGCUGAAGUAAGUGACUUAUAAAUUACUGAACAACACUAUUAAAAUAAUUUAAUACAAUAAAAAGGAAUUUUAGAUUAUCUUAUAUUUAAAUUAACUCUAGUAGAACAAAUGAUUGACAUGGAAAGAAUAGAUUUAGAAUUAAUAGAAAAGGAAUUUGGAGAAUUAUUUAUAGAAGAAUCUGAUCUCUUAACUCUUACUAAUAGAAUUAUCAAAAUUAUAAAUGACUUUUCAAUAGACUUUUCAUUAAAAAUUAUCAAUAACAAAAAUCUUAAUCAAAAUUAAUUGAAUAUCGAGAGAGAAAAGUAUGAGGUUUUAUUGUCAUAAUUAAUAAAAAUUAACUAAUAAGACAAUUGCCAAGAGGUAGAAUUUCUUAAAUUGCUAAUAAGUCAGAUUUAAAUCCUUGUUCAAUUAUUGAAAGCUUCCAUUAAUCAAGAUCUAACAAUUUUUCAUAAGCCAAUCAUUAAAAGAGUAAAUGAUUUAAAAGAAAAAUUUGAUGAAUUUAAAACAAAAUAUGAUGAUAAGAAUAAGAGAGAUGAUAAGAAUACUGGGUAACUCCAAUAAUUAAAUAAUCAAAUAAAUGGGCAACAAAAAAUAAAAAUAAAUUUAUCAAUCGUUAUUAGUAUUCUAUAAUCAUUAUUAAUAAAAAUCAGACAAGAGAAGCAAAGGUUGGCCUAAUUCCUUGAAAAUGUUAAAAAUUUUACAAAAAGCCUUGAUGUUAUAAAGGAGUGUUAUGAGGAAAUGUAUUAAAGUUUUUCAAGUGGUUUUGAAACAUUUAUAAGCUACUUUAAGAAAAAGCAAUUCACAACUGCUAAUUUAUAAUAAUAGGACUCAGAAUCAAUUAAAGAAUAUUUUUCACGAAUUUAGGUCAUAUUGUAAGGCGAAAAUUAAAGAGAAAAAAACUAUAGUUAAUCAACAAAUUUAGUUGAUUUUCUCUAUAAGUUAAUGGCUGAAACAACAGAAAAGUUAAUAACGUCUAGGUGGGAAUUCUAUGAAAUUUAAUUUGAUCAAGAUUAUAUCGUUCAUUUAACUAAAAAAAUAUACCUACAAUAAACCAGUGAGGAAUAUGAAGUCCAAUCAAAUCAAUAGAAUUAAUUCUCUAUAAUCGAUUAAUAAUAAAAAGAUGAAUGGAAAAUUAAAUAGGGUUUAGUUUUAACGAUAAUUUAGGUUUCAUUGAACAGCUUCACAGAAAAAAUUACUCGAUUUUGUUAAAAAGCUCUAAUUUAAUUAUGGGUUUCAGAAAAAGAUUAAAGAGUUAGAAAUUUACUAAAAAAUUAAAACUUAAUGAGGUUAUAGAUGUAAAUUUUGUAGAAAGAUUGGUAGACUUAACAAGAUAGAAUUGCAGGAGAAAUGUAAAAAAUGUUGAAGAGGAUUGAUGAAUUGUAAGAAUCAAUUUCUCAUGAGGCAAAUCUAAAAAAAAGAGAGCUCUAAUUGAGAGAAAUGGAUGAUAUAACUGAGCAAUUAGAUGAAUAUAUAUAAAACAUCAGUGAAAUGGGAUAAUAACUAAAAUUAAUAACAGACUUCGUUAACAAUAUCAGAAAAGGCUUGAUAAGAGUUGAAGGAAAAAUAGAUUAGAUGAAGAAACAACUAAAUAGUAUGGGUAAUGACAUUAAAUUUCUAAGAGGUAAAUCAGUUGAAGAACUUUUUGAAAUUAGAAAAUCGAAAGUAUUAAAAGAAGCAGCCAAUAAAAAUCUUAAGUCUAUAUAUGUGCCAGUAUAAACUUUGGAGAUAUUUCAUAAAUCAGAGAAGCCUGAAAAGAAACGUGAAUUUAACAACAAAGAAGUAGAUGAUUAAAGACAUAAAGAAGAAGAUGAUAAAGGAUAGGAAAAAACAGACGAUAUAAGAAAUGAUGAUUAAGGAAAUAAAGAAAUAGAUAAUUAAGGGCAUGAUGAAAUGAUUCAAAAUGCAGAGAAAGGAAAAAAUAAUGAAGUAAAUUCAAGUAUAUUGAUGAAUUUUGACAAUUUAUAUGAUAAAAAAGGAGAAGUGAAUGAGUUUUUAUUAGAUGGUAAAGAAACAGUAUUAUUAAUUCACGGGGUAGCCGGAUCAGGCAAAAGUACUGCAGCUAAGAAAAUAGAAGAAUUUAUUUGGAAAUUACAUGACAAUUAUGAAAAAAUAGGUAAUCAAAUCAUAAUACCUAUUUAUAUUUCAUUACCCUCUUUAAAAAAUCCUGUGUUUUAAGCAGUGGAGGAGGCUCUCCAUUAAGAUGAGUAUGGUUUUGAUGAGCUUUAAUUGAAAGAAUGUAAAGAGAUGUUAGAAAAGAAAGAAUUCCGAUUUUUAUUGAUAAUGGACAGUUAUGAUGAGAUGAAGUUGGAGAAUAUUUAGAAAAACUUAUAUAUUAAUAAUAAACUUAAACAGAUUUGGUCAAACCCACUUGUUAUUUUUACUACAAGAAAUGAAAUUUUUACAAGUAGUAAUUAUGUUAAAUGGUUUGAACCUGAAGAAAACGAUAACUUAAAAGAAAUCAUGCUUCAAAAAUUUGAUUCAACAUAAAUGAAACAAUAUCUUGAAAAAUUUACUAUUUAAAGUGUUAAAUUGUUGAUUUUUGAAAUAUAUGAAUGGUAAACACAAAUUUAAAAUAAAGGAGGUGUAGAAAUUAAUAAGCUUGAAAUUUUUUGGGAACAAUUAUAGUAAUAAUUUCUGAAAAUAAAAGAAUCAGAUUUAAAUAGAGAAACUCUAUUGAAUUAAAAACAAAUAAACCUAAUUUUAUCGUUUUUGAAGAAUAGUGAGUAUAUAGCCUUAAAAAAUCAAGAUGCUUUAAGAAGUCUGUCUAUAAAUUUAAAAAAAUUAUGGAGUGUUCAAAAGUAUGAAAAAAUAAUGAGGUAGAUCAAUUUAAAUAAUUUGGCAACUCCCUAUAUGAUGGAAAUAGUAGUUUAAGUGUUGCCCGAAAUGAUAGUUAAAGCUACCGAAAUAACUAAUAUGAAAAAAAACUUUACAAAUAAUUUCCCGGAUAAGCUUAAAGAGCUCUACAAAAGUAAAUGUUUGAUUCAAAUGUAUCAAUGCUUAUAGAAAAAACUAGUAACAUCAAACAAUGGAGGUGAAAACUCUUAGAAAAUUAAUUUAUAUUAAACAUAAGUAGAUACUUCAAACUAUUUGGAAAAACUAAAAUAUUAAGAAAUUGCUUUAAAAGUUUGGGAUAAAAUAGAGGAAAAUUCAAUUCUUAAUUAGUUGUUGAUUUCUGAACAAAAUGAAGAAUUAAAAAUCAAACUAUAGAAGAUAUUUAAAGAAAACCUUGUGUUAUUAUAAAAAUAAAUAUAUGAAUUUGUCGUUCCAAAUGAUAUAAUUGAGAUAGCUAUCGAAUCAUUCAAGGAAUUAAAUCUUACAAGUUAUGAUUUUUAUAGGGAGUUUAUAAAUUAAUAUCAUAUGAAGUAAAUAGAAAAGCAAAGAAAGUUAGGAAAAUCUAUAAUAGUUGAUCGUUUUCUACAUGAUUUAAAAACAUAUUCAACUAACCUUGCAAGAACAAUGAGCAUGAAAGAAAUGACUUAAGUUUAUUAUCAAUAAUAAGGACUAUUGUAUAAAGAAGAAAAAGAAAACGAAAUGUGGCUAAAGGAAUUUUUUGAUGAUGAUGAUUAAUAUGGAUGUUAUAAAAAAGAUAUAAGAAGUUGCUCAUUUGUGUCAUAGAAAGGUACAAACUUUUCAUUUGUGCAUAAAUCUAUUUAAGAAUUCUUAGUUGCAGCUGAUUGUUAUGAAGUCUUUGAGUAAUCAUAAGAUCUCGAUCUUGAUAUCUUGAAAAAUAUAAUAAAAAUUUUGUAAAAUCAAAAUGAUACCAAUUAGAAUUUUUUAGGCUUUAUAAAGUGUAUUGGUGAAUAACAUUUUAAUAAUUUUUCAGUUUAGUUUCAAGAUGAAAGACCAAAUAUAUUAGAGAACUUAUAAAAUACAACAAAUUCAAUCACUCUUUUGGUAGAAAGCAUAAGGAAGAAUGAUUUUAACAAAAGGGAUUAUUCAACCGAGAUUUAUGCAGAAACUAGAUAAUACCUUAUUGAAAAAAUAUCUAGAAACUAAAAGAUUAUUGAGUUUUUGAAAUUUAUGGUUCUUCUAACAAAGUUAGAUGAUGGUUUGAUAAUAAGUGGAUCUAAUUCUCUUAAUAUUUUGGUUUAAAUGAAAGUGGAUCUAACAAACUAAAAUUUUGAAAAAAUAAUAAUACGAAAUUCUUCAAUAUUUGGAGGUAAUUUUGCAAAAUGCAAUUUAUCAAGAUCUGAAUUUUACAAUGUGAAUAUUACAGGAAUAAAUUUAAAUGGAGCUCAAUUAUUUGAAUGCAAAUGGAAAAAUUUAGUAUAUAAAGAUAUAGAAUAAUUAGAUGGUCUUAGUAGUAGUGUGAAUUCAGUUUGUUAUUGUGAUGAUAAUACAAUAGCAUCUGGUAGUGGUGAUAACUCGAUUCGUUUAUGGGAUAUUAACACAGGAGAGCAAAAAGCUAAAUUAAAUGGUCAUUCUGGAAUUAUCACUUCAGUCUGUUACUCCCAUUUUGGAAAUUAAUUAGCUUCUUGUAGUUAUGAUUAGUCUAUCUGUCUUUGGGAUGUAAAAACAGGAAAAUAAAUAGCAAAAUUGUACGGUCAUAAUGACAGAAUUUGGUCAGUUUGUUUCUCUCCUGAUGGAAAUACAUUAGCUUCAGGUAGUGCUGAUUACUCUAUCAGUCUAUGGGAUGUCAAAACAGGAUAAUAAAAAGCCAAAUUAGAUGGUCAUACUAGUACUGUCUUGUCAGUCUGUUUCUCUCCUGAUGGAAAUACAUUCGUUUCUGGUAGUGGUGAUAAGUCUAUCCGUCUAUGGGAUGUCAAAACACGAUAAUAAAAGGCCAAAUUAAAUGGUCAUGGUGAUUAUGUUAGAUCAGUCUGUUUCUCUCCUGAUGGAAAUACAUUAGCUUCAGGUAGUGCUGAUUACUCUAUCCGUCUAUGGGAUGUCAAAACAGGAUAAUAAAAAGCCAAAUUAGAAGGUCAUACUAAAUCUCUUUAAUCAGUCUGUUUCUCUCCUGAUGGCAAUACUUUAGCUUCUGCCAGUGAUGAUAAGUCCAUCUGUCUAUGGGAUGCCAAAACAGGAUAAUAAAAAGCCAAAUUGGAUGGUCAUACUAAUUGGGUCUAGUCAAUCUGUUUUUCUAUAGAUGGAAAUACAUUAACAUCUGGUAGUGGUGAUUAGUCUAUCCGUUUAUGGGAUGUAAAAACAGGAUAAUAAAAGGCCAAAUUGGAUGGUCAUACUAAUAAUAUCAACUCAGUAAGUUUCUAUCCUGAUGGAUAUACAUUAGCUUGUGGUAGUAAUGAUAUGUCGAUCCGUCUUUGGGAUGUCAAAACAGGUUAAUUAAAAGCAAAAUUGAAUGGUCAUACUAGCAUUAUCAACUCAGUCUGUUUCUCUCCUGAUGGUAGUAUAUUAGCUUCUGGUAGUGGUGAUUAGUCUAUCUGUCUAUGGGAUGUAAAAACAGGAUAAUUAAAAACUUAAUUGAAUGGUCAUAGCUAUUAUGUGAGAUCAGUCUGUUUUUCUCCUGAUGGGAAUACAUUAGCUUCUGGUGGUGGUGAUAAGUCUAUCUUUCUUUGGGAUGUCAAAACAGGCUAAUUAAAAGCAAAAUUGAAGGGCCAUACUAGCAUUGUCCACUCAGUCUGUUUCUCUCCUGAUGGUAGUAUAUUAGCUUCUGGUAGUGGUGAUUAGUCUAUUCUUCUAUGGGAUGUAACAACAGGUAAUAAAAAAGCUUAAUUGAAUGGUCAUAGCGAUUUUGUGAGAUCAGUCUGUUUUUCUCCUGAUGGAAAUACAUUAGCUUCUGGUGGUGGUGAUAAGUCUAUCUGUCUAUGGGAUGUCGAAACAGGAUAAUAAAAAGCCAAAUUAGAUGGUCAUACUAAAUCUCUUUAAUCAGUCUGUUUCUGCCCUGAUGGAAAUAUAUUAGCUUCUGGUAGUGAUGAUAAGUCUAUCUUUCUCUGGGAUGCCAAAACAGGAUAAUAAAAAGCCAAAUUAGAUGGUCAUGAUGAUUCUGUCAACUCUGUCUGUUUCUCCCCUGAUGGAAAUACAUUAGCUACUGGUAGUAAUGAUCACUCUAUCCGUUUCUGGGAUGUUAACAAUAAAUAAAAUAUUUUCUCUGCUGACAAAACUUAUAAAGAUCUACUUGAUUAAUUUAAAGCUCAACUAAUUUAGAACAAUACCAUAUCGCGUAUAUAUUUUAUUCUUAUUUUUUUAGUAUCCAACCCUAUCACAAUUCUCCGAAUUUCACAAAUACCAUUAUUUUAAGCAUAAGGAGCAUACAUUUUCAAAGGAGAUUUUGAAAAUUAUGAUGGAGAUUUAACAUCAUUAUUAAAAUCAAAAGGAAGUUACUUUUUAAAAGACUUAGAGUAAAAGAUAGUUUGA